AUGCCUACAUCUGAUUCAUCGAUAUUUAAUCCAGAUCAAUUAGUGUCUAAUCUUCAACUACUUAAUAAUAUUGGACGAUUGCUUGAAAUUGAUUCGUCACAAAUAGACGAUGGAGAAAUAUUUUUAACUAAAUUACGUAAAUUACAAAAUAUUUAUUAUCUAACACAAAAUCGUUUAGAUACAUUUGAUGUUAUUUUACCAACAAUACAACAAAAUUAUAUUGAAAUGACAAAUUUAACUAAAGUAUUACAUGAAAAACAACAAAAGAUAAUCAAUUGUCAAAAUGCAAAAUUUGAUGAAUAUGAAUCAACACGUAUGACAACAAUGGCUGAAAUGAAAUUCGUUGAAAAUAAAUUACAAUCAUUUGAUAUUAAUGCUAAACCACCAGUUACUCAUACACAAAUUGAAAAAUUACAAAAAGACAUGGAUAAUGCUCGAUGUGAAUAUGAAAUUCUUAAACAACAAAUUGCUCAUUGGAUGCCAUGUGAUGAACCAACAAUUGAUAGUUUAACAAAUAAAGUUGAAAGUAUACGAGAUGAACUUAGAUCAAUUGAAGAUGAAAUUUCAAUGUAUGUUACAGAUGCAUUUCAAAUGAACAAGAUAAUCUCAUCAGAAUAA